UAAAAGACGAGAUUUUUUGUCCAAAUAAACCAUUGUGUUCUCAUUUGAUUCAAACCAAAAUAUAUCUUAUGUGAAAUAAUGAUGAUGAAUUUUUCAAAACAAAUUAUUGUUUGUUUGAUUUUUGUAUUCAUUCAAACUAUCUCUGGUUGUAGUGACAACAACGAUGAAUGGUGUUGUCAUAAUAACAAAUGUUACAAGUUGAUCCAUAAUCAUCAAGGUGCCUAUUCUGAUAGUGAUCGAUAUUGUGGUCAAUCACGUGGACGUGCAGUGACUAUCUAUUCUGCAGAUGAACAAAAAUUUAUUGAAAAUUAUCUACGUAAAAUUGGUUACGGAAAAAAUGUAUGGAUUGGUGGCCAUAGACAGAAUACUAAAUUUGCAUGGCGUAAUGAUGGAACUCUAAUCGAAGGUAAUGUUUACGCUAAUUGGGCUUCAGAUCAUCCGACAAUGAAUUUCGCCAAAGCUUGUAUGCAAAUGAAUGGUAUGAAUGCAUCGGAACCGGGAAAAUGGAUUGAAAAUUUCUGUUUUGCAUCGAAUGGCAUUCUCUGUGAACGAUUUGUAAAAGAUAAUGACAAUGAUAACAAUAACGAUAACGAUGAUGACGAUGACUGUGAUGAUUGUGACAAUAACGAUAAUAAUAAUCAUGACAACAAUAACAACAAUGAAUGGUCUUGUCGUAAUAACAAAUGUUACAAGUUGAUCCGUAAUCAAAAUGGCGAAUUUUCUGACAGUGAUCGAUAUUGUGGUCAAGCACGUGGACGUGCUGUGACCAUCUAUUCAGCAGAUGAACAAAAAUUUCUUGAAAAUUAUCUGCGCAAUAUUGGUUAUGGCAAAAGUGUAUGGGUUGGUGGACAUCGACAGAAUACUAAAUUUUCAUGGCGUAAUGAUGGAAUUCUAAUCGAAGGUGAUGUUUACGCUAAUUGGGCUUCAAAUCAUCCAACAAUGAAUUUUGCAAAAGCUUGCAUGCAAAUGAAUGGUAUGGAUGAAUCGGAACCAGGAAAAUGGAUUGAAAAUUAUUGUUUUGCAUCGAAUGGUAUUCUUUGUGAACGAUUUGUAAAAGAUCAUGAUAAUGAUAACGAUAACGAUGAUGAUGACGAUGACGAUGACGAUGAUUGUGAUGAUUGUGACAAUAAUGAUAAUAAUAAUAAUAACAAUAACAAUAACAACCAAUGCUGUCAACAAAUCGAACGUAAUAUGGAACGAAUGCGCAGAGAUAUGGAAAAACGAUUUGAUAACAUGGAAAGAAAAAUGGACAAAAUGAAUAAUCGUAUUGAUAAAAUUGAUGAUCGAAUAAAUCAAGUUCGUGAUGAUAUGAAACAAUUUUCGGAUAAAAUCAAACAAUUCGAACAUUCAAUGAAAUCAUUGAACGUACAGGAAAUUGAACGUAAUUUCACCGGUAUUGCAUCCGUACUACAAUAUUAUUCCGAACAAUUACAUUCGAUUCGUCAUGAAUUGGAUAACCAUCCAUCAACAGAUGUUGAUUUGAAUAUUGUCAAACGUGAACUAAUUGAAUAUUUCCAAGAAAAAUUGGAACAAAAAAAUCUAGAUGAAGUGGUUAAUGAUAUAAAAUUAUCAUAUGUCAAUUUCCGUCGUGCAUUGAUGGUCAAAAAAUGGCCGAUGGGCAACACUUGGCUAUGUUUAAAAUCUUUAUUUGUGCCAUUAAAUGAUGAAGAAAAAUCAUUAAAAAUCUGGCCAAAAUAAAAUAAAUAAAUAAAAUCAUUCUAAUCCUGAA